ACAACCUCAGACUGAGCUCAGCUGCAGCAGCUCAGACCAGACUGCGCUCACACACUGACACACACACAGACACACACAGACACACACCGUGGCGGUUCAUCAUCCUGCUGCCCAGCAUCAUGAGCUCUGCUCCUCGGACUCGCUCUCUGCUCUUUACCGGAUAAACGUUGGACUUAUUUACGCUCGUAUCAUGGGAAUAUACCGUCGGUGCGCUCGGCUCCGUGGAUGUGUACAGCCUUGAUGGAAACCAUGUCACCGCAGCAGGGGACCAUGGGACAGAACAGGUCCGACUCUCUGACCGGAGAGAGCAAGGCGCCCACCGAAAACAAAAAGAAGAUGAAGACCUUGGCCCAAAGACGACAGUCAGCUCCUUCGCUGGUCAUCAGCAAAGCACUUACCAGAUCGAGAAGCACGUCCAGGGAAAGCUGCCUGACGCCAGUAAGCCCAGAGUCGUGUCCCCUCGUCCAGGCCUUCCUGGCUGAGUGUCCAGGCCGCCUAUUCCUGGGACACGCCCAGGCGCAGCUAAAGACGGGCCUGCAGACUCAGGAGAGGCACCUCUUCCUCUUCACGGACACGCUACUCGUCGCCAAGGCCAAGUCUCCGACUCAUUUCAAAGUGAAAGCCCAAGUCCGGGUGUGUGAGAUGUGGACGGCCAACUGUUUGGAGGUGGUGUGUGAAGGAAGCACUAACACAGAGAGCAGCUUUGUCAUGGGUUGGCCCACCUACAACUGUGCAGCCACCUUCAGCUCUGAGGAGCACAAGAACAAGUGGUUGGCACUCAUCAAAAGCCGGAUUAUCGAGGGUAAAGAGAAGGACGACCCUAAGACCAUACCAGUCAAGAUAUUCGCAAAGGAUAUUGGAAAUUGUGCUUAUGCCAAGACGCUCGCUGUCAGCAACAACGACAGCACCACUGAUGUCAUCCGAAUGGCUCUGCAGCAGUUUGGCAUAUCGGGUUGCGUUAAAGACCACCGGUUGUGGGUGAGCUCCAGUAAAGACGACCCUCCAUACCCUCUGAUCGGCCACGAGUUUCCCUUUAGCAUCAAGAUGAGCCACAUCCGGGAUGGUGGGAGCAACGGCGGAGGAUUCGGAGGUGGGCGGGAUCCAACGAGUCCCACAGACUGUCCAGGGGUGCUACUGCUGGACCAGUGUCUUCCGCCCGACACCCAGUGCCAGUUCAUCCUCAAACCGAGCAAAGUCGCCCCAGGACAGGCUCAACUUCUCGAGCCCGGACAGCAGAAGACUUUUAAGAGGAAGAGGUCUCUGAUCAACUGGCCUUUUUGGAAAGGCUCCAGCACACAGCUGGACGGCCUGCCCCUGUCCCCGACCUCCACCUCUCCCACUCAGGGGCGACUGUUCGGACGACCCCUGAGCUCCAUCUGCUCUGCAGACCACGGCCUGCCCAAGCCUGUCAUGGACAUGUUGGUGUUCCUGUAUCUGGAGGGGCCCUACACCCGGGGCGUCUUCAGACGGUCGGCCGGGGCCAAAGCCUGUCGGGAGCUUCGAGACAGACUGGACACUGGGACUGAGGACCCAGAGAUAUCACACCAGUCUGUGUUCAUCAUUGCCGCCGUCUUCAAGGACUUCCUGCGAAAUAUCCCAGGCAGCUUGUUGUGUGUGGAUCUGUACGAGCGGUGGAUGGAUGUGAUGGAGGGGGACGGAGGGGAGGAGACGACGCAGGCUGUCCAGAGGUUGCUCCACCUCCUACCUGGCGAGAACCUGCUUCUGCUGCGACACGUGAUGGCCAUACUGCACUGUAUCCAAGGCAACGCCCACGACAACCAGAUGAAUGCCUUCAACCUGUCUGUCUGCAUCGCUCCCAGCAUGCUUUGGGCUCCGGCACCGAGCACCCCUGAGAUGGAGGGAGAGGGCACCAAAAAGGUGUGCGAGCUGGUCCGGUUCCUCAUAGAGAACUGCAGCAGCGUCCUGGGAGAAGACGUCACCUCGCUGUUCAGAAACUUCAGCCAGAAGAGCAGCAGCAGUGACCACGGAUCAGACGCGUCGUCCUUCCAGUUGAACGACUCGUCCUACGACAGUCUGGAGAACGAGCUGAACGAUGACCCGGAGUCUCCCUUCCAGGAGCAGCUGCCGCUCCGUGACAAGGACAAGCCUGACAGCCGCAGCCGCGACUCCGUCAUUACCCUCAGUGACUGCGACCCCGACCCCGACCCCGAGAGUGACCUCCUGCUGCAGCUCCCCCCGCUGGCCAGACCCAGGAGGUUCAGCCCUGCAGUUCGACAGCCUCGCACCCGCGAGGUUAAUGGCAUGUCGCAUGGUCCCAGGAGGCUGAGGAGGAGUUCGGAGCCCGCCCUGGCCCUGGCGAGUACGCCGCCGUCAGGCACUGUGAUGGCUCACGCUGCUCAUCUGCCUAUAAGGAAGGCGAGCUAUGAUGCCGCCAUGGAAGGGGAGCGGGAGGAGGAGGAGAAUGAGGUGUUUCUGGAUCAGAGACUGAACGGGCUUCAGCUGAAGGAGGAGGGGGAGGAUGGAUGUGAGAAGGGAGGAGCCAAAGUCCAGAACGGAGGCUGGAGGAAGGUGAAGCACACAGCUCCGCCUCCACUGCGAUUGGACGCCAGCUGUUCCAGUCUGUCGUCUCCUGCCACCUCACCCACAGGCUCCUCGCUAAGCUCUUUAGACUCCGCCUUCUCGCAGUAUUCUACUGACUACGCCACCAAUGGGAUGAUUCCAUUGGCUGAGCCUCCUCCUCUCUCCCCUCUCUAUCCUGGGCGGCCCCAGCUGUCACCCCGGGGCUCCCCCCCUCAGAGGGAAGCCACUCAUUGUCCACAGCCCACCCAGCCCGUCCGGACCACUCAGAACACCUCCCACCCCCACGGCCUCCACCCUAACACAUGGCUCAAGAGGGACCGCCGCCUGUCACUCAAGCAGUCUGAUAACGGACACACGGAGGAGGACUUGCCUGUGUUCAAUGGGAAAACCAACCCAACCGGUAAUGGCUACUCCGUCGGUACGCAGGAGGCGACGGGAAUGAAUCGAAACUGCCAGCGGAGAUCCAGCAGUCCUCCGUCCUACCAGCAGGCUCUGCAGCAGCUGCAGUGCAAUCGCUCGCCUUUCUACAAGGGGACUGAGAAGCCCCUGACGGUCAAAGAGCUGAGGCAGCUCCACGACCAGACCUGUACCCAGAGACCCCCGACCUCUUCUGAUAACCCCAAACCACCCAUAGGAUGUGAGGCCACACAGAAACUGGCUGGAAACAAGUGUGUUCAGCCCCCGCAGGGUGUUUUCUAUGGACAGAGCGGCACCACUCUUGUCCUUCAUAGGCAAAAGUCUUACUCUCUCACUCCAGACACAGAAGGACACAGAGGAAAGACACUUCCCCUCCCUCGUCGUGCGUCUGAGCCCAACAAGCUGACUGCAAACUCCUCUCACCCAUCCUCCACUCUUAGCCUGAACAGACCUCGAAUUUUUAAGGGUCAGGCUCAGGAUGGCGGCCUGAGAGUAUCAGACGUAGAGCCCAACCAUGCCGAGCCACGCUUCUGCCUGUCUCCCUCCGCCACCCGGACUGUAAGGGACUACUUUUCCUCCCAGGAUCAGGAGGAUGCAGACACCUGCUUACGGAGGAGUCAGGAGGUGGCGCUGGCGAUAGUGCAGGGGAAGAGGGAGUGGCAGAAUAGGCGAUGCAGUGACCCGCGAGUCGACGACUUCGAGCAGCUUUUUUUCGCAGAAGAGUCAUAUGUUUAAAUAAGAAGAUUGUACAAACAAACUGUGUAUGAGAGAUUGAAUUUAUAAAACUGUUGUUAUUAUAAAUGUGAUUAUAUUCCUUCAUAUACUCCAUCUGGCAGCAGUGGUUAACCCAAUGCAACAAAAAGUCGGUUUACUGCAACGGUACAUCCCCAAAUCAUAAACGGUCUCCUCAUGGGAAUAAUCUGUAUAUUGUAACAAACAUCUGGCAAAAGUACAAUGAAAGUUUUGCUGGUAAUAAUCCCUAAAAUUUCACGGAAAACAUUUAAUAGACACAUUUUUUCAAUGAUGUUACUUUGAAGAUCCUCAAAAAUGUAUUUAUUGAGUAUUGAUGCCCAAUUUGUGAGAAACAAAAAAGUUAAACUCAACAUCUGGAUUCCUUAAACGUCAGUCACGGUGCUGUCAGCACAGGUUAAGUUACACUCCUCUGAGAAACACGUGUUCUCUGACCGUGUGUCCUCGCUUUACCUUCAGAAUGUGAAAUAAUGAGGGAAGAGGAGAAAAAGAAAGAAUGAGGAAGUCUUAUUUGAUUCUGGUUCUAAUGUAAAAAGGACACAACCAGAGGUAACAGAUGUUUUAAAGGCUGCAAGAGCACAACUGUUCGUUACUGCUGCUCUGGGCAAUAGUGACAAUAAGGUCAAGACGAUCUGACGCAGACACUUUCCCGUGAUGUUUGCUGCAGUGCCAGAGGAGGAAAACACAGAUGUCUCCCGUUGUACAUACUUAAAAAACUCAAUAUAUCGCAGAGUAUUUUAGAUAGCAAGUCCACCUUUAAUGACCGAUUACAUCUGUUGAGUGAACUGUUGCUUUUCUUGUGAAGUGUUUAUACAUCUGAGUUGGUGGAAUCAAUGGGGCCGGUAUUUAUUCGGAUGAGCUGAGUUUCCAGGCGCACACCAGGCAGUGAUGUCCUCUGCAGCUCUGGCUCAUGUCUCUGUCACCUGUGAGAGGAGGGGAAGGGUGGGGGAGGAAGAAUAUGAUGUGUGUGUGUGUGUGUGCUUGUGUGAGUCUCCUGAGUAAGACGUGAUCAUCGUCGGCCUGUCCUGAGCAGGAAUGUGAGAAAACUUGUGCCACUGAGGGAAAAGUCUCUUUAAUUCUUGCUUUCAUAGCACUUCAACAGUCUCACCGAGAAACCCUGUUCGUCUCACAGGAAUGUGAAGGAUAUGGCCUGCGUGUGCGUGUGCGUGUUUGUGUGUGUGUUGAAUGCACAAACAGUCCCUGUAGCUGUCGUACGUUUGUUCAUAAUAAUAUGAUGAUGUUGCAGUGUUGAUUUCUGAAGUGACACUUAACAAUUAAUGACCUUAUUUCACUGUGUAUUACUGCAAAGUGUGUGGAUGCAAACCUGUAGGUGAUGCAGUACUUUCACAGUGUUACUAUGAACUGAACUUCUCCACACAACAACACUCUGGAAUAAGGUCAUUGUUAUGUGAAGUGUUUCCAUUUUAAAUGGUGUCAAAAUGUACUUUAAUCCUGUUUCAUUAAUAUUUUAAUUCCUCUCUCCAUUACAGUGAAUUGUGUCCAACAUGUAUAGCUCUGCAUAUUUAUGAUAUAGAAAUAUAUAUAUAUAAAUACAUAUAAAUAUAUUAUCUUGUUCCUUUGGUAUGUUGUGUUGUGUAAGAAAAUCAUAUGUGUAUUUUUGUACAUGCCAAUUCUGCUGCUGCUGUCUCUAUAGAAAGUAUAUUUGCUACAAAAUGCACCAUUUGUAUAUUGUGUACAUCUGAUGUCCAGUGUUCACGGGAACAAAAACCUUUUUAAUAAAUGUCGCUCUUGUGAAAACUA